CUUCAAAUCCGUCUCGAUGGUAAAAAAACACACUUCGAUAGCCAUUGCCCCACCCGCACCUCGUCUGUUGGCGAACGACCUCCCUACCGAUCGUGACCUGACAGCAGCACAGAAAGAUACCCUUUGGGAUUUCACUGAUGGUGGUGCGAAAAUCUGGAAGGAACCGCAAGAUGAACCUUCCAAGUUGACCUCGAAUCUCAAACGACUAUGGAUUGAACGAGGCGACUUCUCUCAAUUGACGAUCGAAAGUAUUGAGAAGCAAAAGGCAAAACCGGUAUCAGAACUAGAAGUGCCCAAGAGUAAUGAAGACGAUGCCGCAGAGAAUCAAGCUUCGAAACGAUCGGAAACAAUAACGGUAGACGAGCUAUGGGAGAUGAGGAUGCAAAUGGCGCAUCAGCUAUUAGUCAUGAGUGGUGAAUUAUCUACGGGAUUGGACCUUCUGAACACUCUCCUCGCCCCUUUGGCCCCAGAUGCAGUAGAUACCACGAGUCUCCCACUACCCCCUGGGGGAAUCGCACCAAUGACCCACUCCCUGGACCACCUGUCUCCCCAGCCCGAACCAAUAACGCUCAUCAAUUCUUCUGUCUCACUGAUGAGGAAGCGAAAAGCGGCCCAAAAUGCAUCGUGUCUGUUAAAACGCGCCGCAAGUGAAUUAGGUCGUGAGGCGAAGCGCUCACAAAAUGAAUGGGACACACUACUGAAACUUAGGGAAGCCGGUUGGAAUAUGAGGCCCAAAGGUGCGAAACCUGGGGUUGACAUGAGCCUGAUGGGAAGGGGUGCCGAGAGAGCGGCAAAAGAAAUCGGGAUAGCGUAUGCUACUACCGAAGCCGCCGAAGCGUUGCGCGCCUCUUCAUUCGCAAGUCUGGAGCCUCUUAACCUCGAUGAUCAUGAAUCCACUCAAAUCUCUCUCAAACUACCACCUCGCCCUAGACGGCGGCUUGCCAUCACCCUGGCACUACCGAAUCAACCGAUCGAGCGUUUCUCGCCUUGGGAGAGACAUAACCUCGAGGAAAUUGACAUUCUUCCAUUCGGAGAAGACCUGGAGCUCGCUCGCGCCGAAGUGUUGGAAGAAGAAAUAUUUGGCGAGAUUUCUAAGGAGGCACAAUCAUCUGCUACCUAUCGAACCUCGACUUCAGAUCGCUCAGUCGUCGUCAAAGGCUUCUGGGAAGAUGCCGAAAUUUCUUUCGAAAUGCUUGAAAGUCACGAAGAGACACAUACCACGACGGAAAUGUCUUCCAAGUGCAGGCUCAUUUCCGCGCUCAUUCGACUCUUGAUGGUAUCAAUAUACAGAUCCCGUAGAUCAUGUGCGAUCGGAAUCAUGACCGCCAAUACUCAGCCCUCUCAGCCUAAAAUUCUGGAACCAGUUCUUGGCCUGACCGUCUUCUUCAUUUACACAUAUAACCUCCACAAUUUAUUCUCACAGGCUGUUUCAGAUCUAAAGCCAACCAAGUUAGAAGUUGAAGCUGAGCUAGAUCCGAUCUUGGAGAGCGCGUCAGGGAUGGUGAAUUUGAUAUGUGGAAGGAGCAACACCAGUCCUCAAAAGUUAGAAGUAGGUGGCAUAGCGGCAUUACGCAUCAUGGGCCGUCGCUUGGUCACGUUUACUAUCACAUGUCCGGUCGUUAUCUCGUUCUGGUUAAAAGAUGAACCGAUGAGAAUCGGACCUGAUCAACUGUAUAGUGUUCUAAUCAAUGGAAUCAAUCAGUCUAUCAUAGGCCUGUUGAUCGAGAUGAUCGAUAACAAAACGCUUGUGACCAGAAAAGCUCCCACUGGUUUGGUCUGCCAAUCAAUGAACCAUAGCAUAUUUCUAGCACCAAAGUUUCGAUUCGGAACCGGAUUAACAAUCGAGGUUGGCAACUACUUCGCCAGCAAUAAAACGUUGAGCGAGGAUGAAAGCAUGGCGAAGAACUUGGAGCAGGCACUAUUACCAUCCUUGGGAAAUUAUCUGGGGCAAGUCGGAUUGGCAGAAUGGGUGGAAAGUCUGAAGGAAUUCCUGUUGACUUGAAAGACUGCUGCUGCUUGCACUUCAUAUCAAUGGUCAUUUGUACUCUACAACACCGAGUGACGUCAGAGAGCUACCGACGCUCCCCUUUUGUAUUUUUUUAAUUAAAUCCAUCGAUCGAAAAA